CUCUCUCCUGCUCAGAUCAACCUGCAACUCCAGCUGGACUCGUCACACGCUCCACAGCUCGUCGCAGGGACGCGGGCGGCCAGGUCAGGAGCUGUGAGGCUGGACGCCGCGCUCUGUGUGUUGGUCCGGAUCAGCUCCAGGAUGGCUCCCAGCAGCCUGAGCAGCAGCAGCAGAACUCCGGACCUUCUCCGCUCAGUGUUCCAGCCACACUUAUGAACCCUCCAUGUGAUUUCUGAGACUGUUCUCCUCCACCAGGGCUUGAAGAACUCUUAACACACCCAGAACAAUGAUGCACCAUCCACUGGACAUCGGUGGAUACUACUACCCCGCUGACCACAGGUCGCACAGAUACAGGAGUUUCAUGAUCGAAGAGAUUCUAACGGAGCAUCCGGACGACAGGGUGUCCCCUCCAGCGGGGGACUUACUCAAAUUCGGAGUUCACGCGCUCCUGUCGGCACGGCCAUACCCGAACCACUUAGUUCUGAAGGCAGAGCAGUCAGGCAUGCUGAAGUUUCCAGUCUCGCCCCUGCCCUGCCCGUUGGGUGCACCGCUGGGGUCUGCCCUGCUGUCCGGAGCUUCGGCCACACACCACCUUCCUCUGGACCUCCAUCUGCGGGGUAAACUCGAAGCCGGGAGUGACGGGGUGAGCAAAACGAAGAAGGGCCGGCGGAGCAGGACGGUUUUCACCGAGCUCCAGUUGAUGGGCUUGGAGAAAAGAUUCGAGAAGCAGAAAUACCUCUCAACUCCUGACAGAAUAGACCUGGCAGAGUCUUUAGGCCUUAGCCAGCUUCAGGUCAAAACGUGGUAUCAAAACAGAAGAAUGAAAUGGAAGAAAAUUGUAUUACAAGGAGGUGGACUGGAAUCCCCGACCAAACCCAAAGGGCGGCCGAAGAAAAACUCCAUUCCCUCAAGUGAGCAGCUUUUGGAGCAGGAGAGGACGGGAGACGCUUCUUCAUCACAGUCCGACACCAACCAAGAGGAAUAAAUGGCCAAUCCCUGCCCAUGUGACUCUCUACUGGCGCUAUUUGGACGCACCGGCUUGGAUUGCUCCUCAAUGAAGCUGAUAUUUGGGCACUUACGGACAAAUCCGAACAUAACGAGGUCCUGAUUUUAUACUACCUGCUUUUUGCUCUGAGAAAAAACGAAAAAGAAAAGCCACUAAGGCUUUUGCUGAGGACACGUUCAGAGCAACACUCAGCAGAAAUGGGUUCUGUCUCUCUUUUUCCCCUUUACAUUGGAGAAUGAGAUUCACAGGAACAUUUGCUCUGCAAUUAUUGUGCUUCGUGGUUUAACUAUGUCUGAAUAACAUGGUAACAAAAUUAAAUGUUCUUUUUUUCAAA